ACUGGCCCAUUUCACCCCAGUUCUGGACACGGCCGGGCAGGAGGAGUUCAGUGCCAUGCGGGAGCAGUACAUGCGCACGGGGGACGGCUUCCUCAUCGUCUUCUCGGUCACGGACAAGGCCAGCUUCGAGCACGUGGACCGCUUCCACCAGCUCAUCCUGCGCGUCAAGGACAGGGAGUCGUUCCCGAUGAUCCUCGUGGCCAACAAGGUCGAUUUGAUGCAUUUGAGGAAAAUCACCAGGGAGCAAGGAAAAGAAAUGGCGACCAAACACAAUAUCCCAUACAUAGAAACCAGUGCCAAGGACCCCCCUCUCAACGUGGACAAAGCCUUCCAUGACCUGGUCAGAGUGAUCAGGCAACAGAUUCCAGAAAAGAGCCAGAAGAAGAAGAAGAAAACCAAAUGGCGGGGAGACCGGGCCACUGGUACCCACAAACUUCAGUGUGUGAUAUUGUGAUGGGCCUGGGGCCCUGGGCACAGUCACCGUGAACUGGCCAGCCCUCGGGACCCCUCCACUGCCUAACCUCACCGGGAACUGUUUCUAACCAUGACCCUUGACCCGAGGACUGGGCGCAGGAAGGGAGAUAGGGGGGGUGGGCAGGGAGGAAAGGGGGUGCAGCUUCCUCGAAAGGGCACAGGCUUCGGGUCUCACAAGGCACAGCAUCCGAGCCCCGCGUGUGAUUCAGCCGGCUCCUCCCGUCUCCUGGCGGCUGUGUUGUUUCUUUGAACUGCGUAGUGUCGGUUCGAUGUGGACGUUUACCCACCACGUACAGAGUACGAAACAAGCCAUGACCCAGCUCCCGCUUGUCUCCAGUCCUCGGUGUCUGAGCUUGGGCGUCUUUUGUCGGUUUUUAAAUUAUUUUAGUGAUCA